AUGGGUCAAGGUUCUGGAUCUGAGUUUGUUGAGAAGCUAUUCAGGAUGGUGGAGGAUCCAGCAAACUUCAGGUAUAUUUCAUGGAGUGCAGAUGGAAAGAGUUUUGUGAUAGGCAGCCAGGAGGAGUUUUCUGAGGUUAUUCUUGAGAGGCACUUCAAGCAUAAAAACUGGAGCUCUUUUGUGAGACAGCUGAACAAGUAUGAUUUUUAUAAGAUCAAGAACGAUGCAGUAAAGUGUAUGGGAUCUGUAUGGACACCAUGGGAGUACAAGAAUAGGUAUUUCCAGCGUGGAAGGCCUGAUUUGCUGAGCAAAAUCCGAAGGAAGAAAGCUCCGAGCGAGAUGGGAGCUGGGGAGGAUUCUCGACCAAAGCAGAUUGAGAGCAGCAUUGUUUACCAGUCACAUGUUCUAAGCUCGAUCCGAAGCAUUUCUAAGUAUCUAAGGGAGGUUGUUGAAGAUAUAAACGAAUUGAAGAGAGCUAUUUAUUGCGAGAGGCAGGGCGUGACAGCCAGAGUGAAUGUGCUGUGUAUUAGAGAAACAGGGAGUAUGCCUGAGUGUUUUGUGGAAGCCUUGAGGAGUCCUGGAUAUGCGUUGACAGUUGUUGAUGGGAAGUGUGGGAUUGAGAGUGUUAUGAGAUGGGGAUAUAAUGUGGUAGUGAUGCAUGUAGUUUCUGCUUAUUAUGGAGUGCUGGUAUGCCGUAUUCGGGAUGCAAGCAAAGAUGUGCCGAUUAUCUUGGCUGUUGAUGAAGGAUUCAGGGAUGAAUACCUGAGUAUUGGGAGUAGUGAUGUAGCUGAGGUUUUUAUGGCGCCUUUUGAUGCAAAUGAGCUGGCCGAAUCUAUAAGCAGGUAUGGAAGAGCAGGUUGUUUAUGCAAAGAUAGUGUGUAG